AUGUUGUCGUCUUUCCCCACAGUGGCGGAGGGAAAGACCAGGUGCACUGAGAUGUUGAACAAAGUGGCGGUGCCCUCGGUGAACAUCUCCUCCUACAUCACAGCUUGUCAGGAACUGCUCUGCCACUAUCCGGAAGUGGACAACCUCUACUGCCACUGGGUCCGAGCUUACGCCGACGUUGCCAAAGUUCACAACUGGCAAGAGAAGACCAGCUGUUCUGAGAAUCUCUGUGCAAAACAUUUGUGUGGGUCUCACGAGUUCUGUACUGUGGCGCCCAGUGCAGAGGCCUCCUGCUACUGCCAAAAAACCAACACCACCAUCAACGGCUACAGGCAAAACGGAAAAUAUGGGCCGCCCCCCACCUGUGGUGCAGACUCCCGCACAAUCACGCUGUUGGGCUGUUUGCUGGAGGAAGAGGGCAUUAACUUCCACGGCCUCCAUCUGAAUAAUCCAAACUGCACUGGAGAAGUGGACCAAUACAACAAUGUUAUCUUUAAUUGGGACUCCAGCAACUCGUGUGGUGAAAUUUUUGAGCCUUUGAGCUCAGGAUUUUCCAUCACCCAAACCCUUGAGAACACCCAGAGCAAAACCGUCACAUUUGAGAACACCUUCUCCACUAAUAUUUCCUGCGUCUACAACGUGGAUAAGCUGCUCAACACCUUCUCAUUGAAUGUUGCAGACGGAUCCAUCGAGUUCUCGUACGAAAUGAAUCAAACCUUCAACCUGAGCACAACAUUGUUCACAGACGCUGCGUUGAUUAAGCCUUUGGAACUCAACACACCCCUGUCCCUGCAGCAGAGACUGUGGCUGCAGGUGAGCGCCCCAGAGCUGGAAGGGACCACAAUGACACUGGUCAUUGAGGAAAGCUGGUCCACUACUGACAAUGACCUCCACGGAGCCAACAGAUACGACCUCAUCAAAGACGGAUGCCCGGUUACCAGUGAUGGCACCGUGGAGCUGGUCUCCUCCGGCCAGGGCGGAGAAGCAGUCUUUUCUUUUGAGGUUUUCCAGUACAUGAACGCCACUUCAGGCCCUUACCUGCACACUAGAGUGGGACUGUGCGUCUCUGGAAACAACUGCACCCCGGACUGCGCUUAA